AUGUCUGAGUCGGCGGAGAUAAGUGAAUUUGGCUACAUCAUGGAAUUGCUAGCCAGAGGAAAGGUUACCAUUAAGAAUAUCGAAAGAGAGCUCAUUUGCCCAGCAUGCAAGGAGCUGUUUACCCACCCGUUGAUCCUCCCUUGUCAACAUAGUAUUUGUCAUAAGUGUGUGAAAGAACUCUUACUGACACUUGAUGACUCAUUCAAUGACGUGGGAUCAGACAACUCCAAUCAGAGCAGUCCUCGACUUUGGCUGCAUUCCCCUAGCUUGGAUAAAGUUGACAGGAUUAACCGACCAGGUCAUAAGAAGAUACUAAAUGGCUGGAAGCGCAAUUCAUUGACCCCUAGGACAACUACUUUUCCUUGCCCUGGCUGUGAGCAUGACGUGGAUCUUGGAGAGCGAGGAAUCAAUGGUCUCUUUCGAAAUUUUACUUUGGAAACCAUUGUUGAGAAAUAUCGGCAGGCAGCCAGGGCAGCCACAGCCAUUAUGUGUGAUCUUUGUAAGCCACCACCUCAAGAGUCCACAAAAAGUUGCAUGGACUGUAGUGCAAGCUACUGCAAUGAAUGCUUCAAAAUUUAUCACCCGUGGGGUACUGUCAAAGCUCAGCAUGAAUAUGUGGGCCCAACCACUAAUUUUAGACCCAAGAUUUUAAUGUGCCCAGAGCAUGAAACAGAGAGAAUAAACAUGUACUGUGAAUUAUGUAGGAGGCCAGUUUGCCAUCUCUGUAAGCUGGGUGGUAAUCAUUCCAAUCACCGUGUAACAACCAUGAGCAGUGCCUACAAAACCUUAAAGGAAAAGCUUUCAAAGGAUAUUGAUUACCUUAUUGGCAAGGAGAGCCAGGUGAAGAGGCAAAUUUCUGAACUAAAUUUGUUAAUGAAAGAAACAGAGUGUAAUGGAGAGAGGGCUAAAGAAGAUGCAAUUACACAUUUUGAAAAGCUCUUUGAAAUUCUAGAAGAGAGGAAAUCAUCUGUUUUGAAAGCAAUUGAUGCUUCAAAGAAACUCAGAUUAGACAAAUUUCAGACUCAGAUGGAAGAAUAUCAGGGGCUUCUAGAGAACAACGGACUUGUGGGAUAUGCUCAAGAAGUGCUUAAGGAGACAGAUCAGUCCUGCUUCGUGCAGACAGCCAAACAGCUCCACCUCAGAAUCCAGAAAGCUACGGAAUCUUUGAAAAGCUUUAGACCUGCGGCUCAGACUUCUUUUGAAGAUUAUGUUGUUGAUACAUCUAAACAAACAGAAGUUCUUGGAGAAUUGUCCUUUUUCUCUAGUGGCAUAGAUGUGCCAGAGAUCAAUGAGGAACAGAGCAAAGUUUAUAACAGCGCUUUGAUAAAUUGGCACCAUCCAGAAAAGGAUGAAGCUGAUAGCUAUAUCCUCGAAUAUCGGAAGAUUAAUAGAGAUGAAGAAAUGUUGUCUUGGAAUGAGAUAGAAGUUUGUGGCACAAGUAAAGUUAUUUCAGAACUUGAGAGUAACUGUAAAUAUGCUUUCAGAGUAAGAGCCUACAAGGGUUCAAUGUGCAGUCCUUGCAGCAGAGAAUUGAUUCUUCAUACUCCUCCAGCUCCAGUGUUCAGUUUUCUCUUUGAUGAAAAAUGUGGCUAUAAUAAUGAACACCUCUUGUUGAACUUGAAGAGAGACCGUGUAGAGAGUAGAGCUGGAUUUAAUCUUCUGCUUGCUGCGGAACGUAUCCAAGUGGGUUGUUACACAAGUUUAGACUACAUCAUCGGAGAUGUCGGAAUUACAAAAGGAAAGCACUUCUGGGCCUUUCGUGUGGAACCGUACUCAUACCUGGUAAAAGCGGGAGUUGCUUCCAGUGAGAAACUGCAAGAAUGGCUCCGUUCUCCCCGGGAUGCAGUUAGUCCAAGAUAUGAGCAAGACAGCGGGCAUGACAGUGGAAGUGAAGAUGCCUCUUUUGAUUCUUCACAGCCCUUUACAUUAGUUACUAUAGGCAUGAAGAAAUUUUUUAUACCCAAGUCACCUACUUCUUCUAAUGAACCAGAAAAUAGAGUUCUUCCCAUGCCAACAAGUGUAGGGAUUUUCCUUGACUAUGAUAAAGGCAAAGUAAGUUUCUAUGACAUGGAUCACAUGAAAUGCCUUUUUGAGCGCCAAGUGGACUGUUCGCAUACGAUGUAUCCAGCAUUUGCAUUAAUGGGCAGUGGAGGAAUACAACUUGAAGAACUCAUCACAGCAAAAUACCUAGAAUACCAAGAGGACGUGUAA